AUGAAUUUGAAUGUGGACGAAUUCUUAAAAGAGAAUACUUCUUAUAAAAUUUGUUAGAUUUGCUUAUCUUAAGUAGAAGAAAAUUAAAUGCUUUUUAUCUAAAAAGUAUGCCAUUUAAUAUGUAUGGAUUGCUUUAAGAAUUAUUUAAAUGAAGAAAUUAGAAUUUCAAAAGUAGAAAAUAUGAAAUGUCCGCAUUGUUUGGAAUUACUAACUGAUUAAAUUAUAUAAGAUAAUGUCGAUAAUCAAACAUAUAUUAAAUUUAGAUAUUUUCAAAAAAGGGUCAAUAUAUAAAAAGAUCCAUUAAAAAGAUUCUGCCCGACAAUAAAUUGUGAAAAUAUAUUAUAAUUAGAAAACAAAAACUAGCAAAAAAUAUAAUGUGAUUAAUGUUAAGCAUUUAUAUGUACUUAAUGUAAUAGAAAUUAUCAUGAAGAAUUCUCUUGCAAUUAAAUUCUCGAAAAAGAAAUUACAAUAUUAAUAAAUACAAGAGAUAUUUAAAGGUGUAGAAAAUGUAAAGCAUUAGUUUAAAAAAUAGAAGGAUGCAAUCAUAUGACAUGUUCUGUUUGUGAAUAUUAAUGGUGUUGGCUUUGUGGAGAUACUUAUACUUAAAUGCAUACUAUGGCUUUAAAUCCUUUCGGAUGUCCUAUGUUAUAAAAUGGUAGGUUUACUGUUCAUAACACUUAAAUGUGGAAAAUCUAUUGUAUUAGAUUUUGGAUAUUUGUAUUAAUUAUAUUUUUGUUUCCUUUUGCUCUUUUGUUUAGUGGGCCUGCUUUUUUGUUAGGCGCUUAUAUUGAAUUGUUGAGAAAAUAUAGAAAUAGUACUUAUUUAAAUUGUUAAUGUUAUAUUAAGUAUAUUUUAUUUUUUUUGGGAAUUAUUAUAUUUCUUUUGGGCUUCAUUCUUGAUGUUAUUUUUGCAGUUUUACUUGUUCCAGGAAUAAUUUAUUUAUUUGUAUUGUAUAUAAAAGAAAGAAAUAGAAUUAUAAGCAAAGCUAAUUAAAGAUUAUAAUAAAGAGAAAAUAAUGAGUUAUGAAUUAAAUGUUUAAUAU